AUGUACGACGAUAACACAUACAAGUACCCGUGGCCGUUGGCGGGGUACGAGGACGCGGCUCCGCUACCGGAAGAGAGGGCGGAGGACAAGACCUACAUCAACCCUCCGGCGGAAAAGAGCAAAGCAUACGAGCAAUUCAUCGACCCGCUGGAUAAGACAAAGCGAGGCGGAUUUGAUGUCCAUGUCUACUACCUCCAGAAAAACCAGCAGCAGGCGAGGUACGCUCGGGAGCUGUGGGAGCGAAUUAGAAGGGAGUUUCCUGAGCUCCAGAUCUACUCGUUCUGGGACAAGCCGGUUGGGCCUCACCCGGUUGCUAUGUUCGAGGUCAACCUGCACUCACCCGCACAGUUUGGCGCUUUCAUCCCGUGGCUGGCCAUCUGGAGGGGGCCGCUGUCAGUGCUCGUCCAUCCCAACACUGUCGAGGAGGGCGUCUCGGAGGUUGACAUAGAGCGGAGAAACCACACGCAGCGGGCGAUCUGGAUGGUGCCCGGGUGCGGCAUCGCUUUUGCAGGACUGAAAGCGCGGCCCGCGGGCUUGUAG